GAGAGAGAGAAAGAGCAAGGAGAGAGUAUUAAAUUACGUAUAAUAUAAGAAUUGACGAGAAAAAAAGCAAGAGAUGAAAUGUCUCUUUUGAAGGUAUAUUUUCUAUCGAGGUUGAAUCGAAGAAACUGCUAUUACAGUUGUUAUUGAUAAAAAUGAGGAUAACCAUUUUAAGAAUUAAAAGCUCAUUGAAAGCAUUUUUCAGUACAUUUGUUCUCUCUUAGAGCUCGUAAAGAUAAUUGACUCAAUUAUUUAGUUUUUAAAGCAAAAUAGCAUCAAUAUUUUUAAUAUUUAUCAAACUAUAAAUUUUUCAAUGUUUAAUAAUUAUAAGAUAGUUAUUCUUCGAAUUUGAUGCAGUUAAAAAAAAAUAGUAUAUCUUUUUCUGGUAUACACAAUAAAGAUCCAAGCUUAUUAACCAUUAGGAUCAAGUGACAAUUUAAGUGAGUCAGGCAUGUCUACCAUUAUUCAAUAUAUUAUUCUUCGAGGAGAUCUUAUUAAAACUUUGGAUUGGCCUGUAGGAGCAGUAAUAGCACAAGCAUGUCAUGCUUGUACAUCAGUUAUUCAUGUAUUCCACGACGAUCCUUGCACACAAAGUUAUUUAUUAGAUUUAGACAAUAUGCAUAAAGUGGUGUUAGAAACACCAAAUGAAGAAACUUUAAGAUCAUUGAGUAAAACUUUAGAGAAUAAUUUAAUUUGUCAUAAGUUAUGGAUUGAACAACCAGAAAAUAUUCCAACAUGUUUAGUAUUAAAACCAUAUUCUAAAAAUGAGGUUUAUAAAUAUAUUAAAAAAUUAAAUUUGUAUAAAUAA